CAGUUUAGAUUCUGAAAUAUCUGACUGAAGUUUAUUUCCCUUUGAAUAUUAAAAAAUAGUUUCGAGUUGAAUUUUAUUUUUAGAUAGUUUUGAGUCUACAGCUGUUGUUUGUUUAUUGAUUGUUAAUUCGUUCGUUUUUCUCAAAAAUGUUCGCCGUGAAUGUUAAGUUGGACUGUGAACAUGUCGCUGCCUUGAGUGAACCAGAUCUGAAUAACUUCUCCGAUAGUGACCUCGACUCCUCAAUUGAGUGCCAACAGGAUGGAUGCAAUCAGGAGGAGACAUGGAUAUGUCUGACAUGCAAGACAAUCCUAUGCAGCAGAUAUGCGAAUGGACACAUGUUGACUCAUUCCAGUGAACAGACACACUUCGUGGCCCUCAGUUUCAUGGACUCCUCCGUGUGGUGCUUCGAGUGUGACUCUUAUGUGGAUGCACCCAAACUCAGAGACAUCACGGACAAAGUGAUCCAGAAACGAAUCAGCGAACUGUCCUGAAUUACAUUGUACAAUUUAAUUGAUAUUUAUAUGAGUAAUAGAUAUUUUUAUGAAAAUUGUU